AUGCCAAACGAGCAUAACAUUACCGGUGUUCGAUAUCCUCUCGAAGAUAGAUCGCCCACUAAAGAUCAUAACCUGCAAACGACACAUCGAGCACAACUACGGGCUGCCAUCGCAGCCUGUCGGUUCUACAAACGGGCAAAAGGGGGAUUCGAUACUCUGGUUAACGCAAUUAAUUCUGACUAUGUUUUUGAUGGCGCCAUUUCUUGGAUCAAAUUCUGGGUAGCUAAUGGAUGGUUCACUAAAAUGCGCCGUCCAGUCUCCAACCAAUAUCUGUGGGCGUGUCUCUUAGGUGAGACUGAACGAAAAAGUGAGGAUUAUCUGAAGAUUCCGUUUUGGAAUAAGUAG